GUGUAUAACACCCAAGGCUCUACAAACCUUUGCAACCUUCUUAGACAACAUUUAUAGCAGCCACCGCCAGACACGCAAAGUAAGAGAAAAAUGGUGACCGUCGAUGAAGUCCGCAAGGCUCAAAGGGCUCAAGGCCCUGCCACGGUCAUGGCCAUUGGAACCGCCACUCCUCCCAACUGUGUCGAGCAGAGCACAUAUCCGGACUACUACUUCCGCAUCACAAAGAGUGAGCACAAGACAGAGCUCAAAGAGAAAUUCAAGCGCAUGUGUGAAAAAUCCAUGAUCAAGAAGCGCUACAUGUACUUGACAGAGGAGAUUCUAAAAGAGCACCCAAACGUAUGCGCCUACAUGGCACCCUCACUGGAUGCUAGGCAAGACAUGGUGGUGGUUGAAAUACCAAAGCUAGGGAAAGAAGCAGCCACGAAGGCCAUCAAGGAGUGGGGCCAGCCCAAGUCCAAGAUCACCCACCUAGUCUUUUGCACCACUAGUGGUGUGGACAUGCCAGGGGCCGACUACCAGCUCACUAAGCUCUUGGGCCUUCGCCCGUCCGUGAAGCGGCUCAUGAUGUACCAACAAGGUUGUUUCGCUGGUGGCACGGUGCUCCGCCUAGCCAAAGACCUCGCCGAGAACAACAAGGGCGCGCGUGUGCUUGUCGUGUGCUCGGAGAUCACCGCGGUCACAUUCCGUGGGCCUAGUGAUUCCCACCUUGACAGUCUUGUGGGUCAGGCCUUGUUUGGUGAUGGUGCUGCUGCACUCAUAGUUGGGGCUGAUCCUGUGCCCGAGGUCGAGAAGCCCUUAUUUGAACUAGUCUCUGCGGCCCAAACAAUUCUCCCCGAUAGCGAUGGGGCUAUCGACGGCCAUCUCCGUGAGGUUGGGCUUACAUUCCAUCUCCUAAAGGAUGUUCCUGGGCUCAUCUCAAAGAACAUUGAGAAGAGCCUGGUUGAGGCCUUCCAGCCAUUGGGCAUCUCUGACUGGAACUCUCUUUUCUGGGUUGCACAUCCUGGUGGGCCUGCAAUCCUGGACCAAGUAGAGUCCAAGUUGGGCCUCAAGGCCGAAAAGUUGGCUGCCACGCGACACGUGCUUAGUGAGUAUGGCAACAUGUCAAGCGCUUGCGUGUUGUUUAUUUUGGAUGAGAUGAGGAAGAAGUCUGCUGAGAAUGGGCUCAAGACCACCGGAGAGGGGCUCGAGUGGGGAGUGCUUUUUGGGUUCGGACCUGGGCUUACCGUCGAGACCGUUGUGCUCCACAGUUUGUCUACUUGAAGACCGUUGUCUUUCUUUGGUUUGCUGCAUUUUUUUUACAUUGGGUGUGUUUCAUUUUCAUGUUCUUGAAAUGCGUUACAGGUAAUAUCAACAAACAAAAAGAAGAACCAUGUGCCAACUAAUUAUGUUAUAAUAAAAUAAUUCAAGUUGCAUUU